AGUAUCCCAACAAAGCUCCGGAAAUCUCGAUCAGGAACCCGCGGGGGCUGUCAGAUGAACAAAUUCAAAAGUAAGUGCUAGGAGGGAGGGGACAGGGCGAUCCUUUCCUCUAGAGAUCUGGGAAGCAGAACUGGUGGAAAAGCCUUCUCUCAAAUUCACAUGGCUCCCUGUGUCUGGUUAACAGAUGGAUGCAGGUCCCUAAAAGACCUGGUCUUAAAUUUCAUGGGAGCCACUGGUGCUAAUUUUGAUACCAAGGGGUCCACCUUAUGGUUGUUCCCUGUGAUCCCCCUGAAUUGUAUCUAAAUCCCCUGGGCCUUUGAAGCUGUUGGUCGUGCUUUGACAGAGGUGGGACUGAACUGAGUCCUCAGGCAGCCCAUUGUUGCCUUUGUGUUCCUGUCCUUGGUGCAGUGGAGUGUGUGCAGAGAGACCUGCUGGCAGCGCAGGAGUGAUGUGGCUCCCACUAGACCUGCUCAGGGGCUGCCAUCAGAUAAAUGAAGCCUGGGAUUCACCAAGACUGAAGGGUGGUGGGUGAGCUCAAGCCAAGGAGCCAAGCAAACCUGCUCUUGCAAGUCCUUGGAGGACAAAGGCUUCUUGUGCAUUGGCUUGUGGGGAGCACAUGAAUAUGUGUGUGUGCCUGUCCCGUGCUGCAGGCAAAGCCUGAAGGCCGGUGCUCUAUUUCUUCCUCCUGUCAUCAUGGUGGUGUGGCAGGUAUGUGGGACAGUGAAAAGGUGUGGCUAAACUUGUGUUCAGUAUUGCUGCUGCUUUGCUGUAGGAUUUCCCAGACCCUCAGAAGUGUUGCUGAAGCCAGGCUUGGGACAGAGGUGCUCUAUGAACUGAUUGAGAAGGGGAAGGAGAUUCUCACUGACAACAACAUUCCUCAUGGCCAGUGUGUGAUCUGCCUCUAUGGAUUCCAGGAGAGAGAAGCCUUCACAAAGACCCAGUGCUACCACUACUUCCACUCCCACUGCCUGGCCCGCUAUGCCCAGCACAUGGAGGAAGAGAUCCUCAUGCAACAGGAGGAGAGAGAGCAGCACCUGGCACCAUGCCCUAAACAGGAUGUCCGUGUGCAGUGCCCUGUCUGCCGUGAGACCCUGGUCUACGAUCUCAGCGCUCUGAAGGCGGCGCCACCCCCACAGCACCCACUGGAGCCGUACAGGCCAGAUGCCAAGACACUGCAGCACCAAGAACAACUGCGCUUAAUUUUCAAGAGACAGCAAGAGAAGGGGGGAAUCAUUGACCCUGAAGCGGAGAGGAACCGUUACUUUAUCAGCCUCCAGGCGCCUCCAGCUGCUGGCAAUCCAAGCCAAGCAGCCGCUGCCUCUGAGCCACCGGUGAGUGCAAGCGCUGUGGAUGCACCCCAGCCUCCCAGCCAAGCCUUGACUCCAGAGCCAGCCAGGGCUCCAGAGGCCAGGGCCGAACCUGGGCAGCCCGAGCGGCCUGCUGCGCCCAGGGAGCAACAGAGCAAGAGGGAGAGGCACAGAGGGGAGAGGCCAGGCCCUAGGGGCCAGGGCAGGCAGUCGUGCAGCAGCUUGCAGGAAGCAGCAGAGGAAGCCUGUCACCUGCUCCAUGGCUCCAGGGGGCCCAGGGGCUUCAGCCAGAGACCAGAGCGGAGACCUGGUGGGAGGCAGAGCCAGGAGUUUCCAAAGCCUCACAGCAGAAGCAGGGCUGCUGCCUUGGCUGAAAGAAAGGAGUUGUGCCCUGAAGAUCCCUCACAAGGAACGGAGGCGGUGGACUUGAAAGAGGAGCACCGGGAUGUGGAGAGAUGGACCCCAGAGGAGGGGGCUGAGGGCCAGGGCAGGGAGAAGGAGAACCUGGCGUUCAACCGCAGCGACCACAGAGCAGCUCCCAGCUGGCAGGGCCACCACAGGCCCUGGAAUUGCGGGAGGUGGGAGAGAUCCAGGGUCCAAGAGCAUGGUUCCUACCCCAGAGCACCAAGAGGGCGAGGGGUGUUCAGGCCCAGUGGACGUCAAGAAGCCAAUCUCCUUGAGAAGGAGGGCGGCUCCUAGCAGGAGUGGUGAGGGGCUGGGCUGGGGGAGGGGAGGGCCAUUUCUGGGGAGAACAGUGAAGGCUCUGGUGGAGCAGUAGCAAGCAGACACCGUACCACCUGGGAGGGAGGAGGCAACUGGCAUGUGGCACAGCUUGGGACAGGGUACGCACGGGGUGAAGCAUCCUAGUGUGAGCGACUGGCUGUCACCAGCAUUGGAGAAGCUGACUCCUGGCAGAUCACAUCAGCCUUGGUCUCGGAGGCCCGAGGGGACAGAGGAAGCCUUGACUGGGGACCUGCAGCCAUUAUCCAUGUAUGUGAGCUGCCAGGAAACGUGCAGUCCUACAGAGCAAAUGGACUGAGCCCGGCAUGGUGUCACAGCAGAGCCAGACCUGUGGCAGAACCUUCCCUGGAAGCUAGCAUCCUGAUGGAACCGUGGUGGUGCCCAGUGAUGAGGCUGUGCCAGGGCAGCAGCCUGGAGCUCGGCUCGCUGUGUCCCCAGCCCUUCUCAGAGCACCUUCUCAACUGCUCUCCUUAUCUCUCAGAGACAGCAUCACUUCUCCCACAGCCCUGACCACUGCUCAGCUGAUGGACUUGGCCAGACAAGUCCUUUGUAUGACAGGACACUUCCCAGUCCCAGCCAGGAGAGCUAAAUUGAGCUUAAAUCAACACAAUGGCAGGUCAGGGCUGUCUGGUGGCCGAGGCUUUGGGCUGGGUCCUGCUCCGCCAGGGAGCCUGAUUUUAGCUGGAGCUCCUGCUCUGUCCUUCAGCUGCUUUUGUGCAGGCAGAAGCUGAUGGGGGAGACCUGGGAAGAGCACUCUGAAACCUGUAUUUAUUGGGAUCCCCCUUCUAAGGCCAGGCUGUUUCCUGGAGCUCCCAGCAGCCCGGAGUGAAGACAUGCCCCAGUACUUUGGAUAUUCUUACCUUCCUUUCAUCUUCAAGCUGAUUUUGCUUCAAAGAAAUGAGGACUUGCUGUUUAAACUAACUUGGUGCAGUUCCUUCUGCUGCUGCUUCAGAGGUGUAAAGAGUGUCCCUCUCCAGAGCCAUCACAGGUGAUCCCAAGCCUCUGGGGUGAGACACUGCUGUUAAAUUAAUCCAUUGGGUCUUCUCCAGAGCCUGUUCCCUUUGUUUUCUCUGCCCCUUCGCUCCUGUUCUUUGCUGUUUCGAGCGAAGGUGUUGAUCCCUGGUGUUGCUCACUCUCCUCCCUGCUCCCUAUGCCCAGGGACUCCUGCCUUUGCCUGCCUGGGUGUAAGCUGUCUGGCUGACCCAGGCAGUACCGAUUCCUGCACACUUGUUCAUGCCUUGUGCCCCCCACCUCUCUUUUGGCUUCACAUGGGUUGUUAGCGUCUUCCUCUUCCUAAAAAAGGCUGUGCUACGAUGGACUUGCCAGAGCUUCGGGUGAGAUCCCUAAGGAACCAAGAGCUGCGUGCUGGCUGGGAGGGCAUUUGUGCUGCAUCUGCCUGACUGAUCCCUUGGCACAUGAAGGGUGCACAAAAGCUGUCUUGUGAAUGCACCCUCCUCACCUGCUGCCCAGCUCUCUCCACGCCUGGCCUUGUCCUGGAGGGAUUGGUUUAACCUACUGCCCAAGAACCUUCUGUGCUUAAAUUUCCAGUGCUGGCCUAUUGUCAACCCUAAAGCUCUAAAAGCUUUUUUUUUUUCCCCUCCUCCUUGGUCUGAGCCUACACUAUCUGUCCUGGACUUGGGGAUCUGAGCGCCAGAGGUUGUGCCCUGCUGGGGACAAGGGCUGAGCACUCGCUCCCUGAAGAGAGCCCUAAUUUUUCUUCAGUGCUUACUCUGUCCUUGUUCUAGCUGGUUUCUGGGUGAAGGGCCUGUCCACACUUCAGUGAAAAGGUGUAAACUUAAUCCAACAUUGGUGCUUGUUCUGCUGCUUCCUGCCCUCACUUGUGAGAUUGCUGUGCUCCACGAAAGGCGUUUGAUCACGUCCUGAAAAAAACAUGAUCUCUGCCCCUCACAGCAGCUGAAGCUUCUUGGCUUCUUCCAGCAAGCCAGGCUUACUCUCGGCAGGAAAACUGCAGUGCCCAGUGUUUGGAGCAUGGGGAUUCAGCCAUGGAUAUCGGAGUGACUGAGGACUUGGAUAACUUCAACCAAAUGCCAGAGGUGUUAGAGGGGAGGGAUUUUCCUGGCAGUAGGGAUUUAGGAAGGGCCCUCACCUUUCUGACUCACUGCUGUCAGCCUGGAGCAGAGGAUGUUUUGUAACAUGGAAAUGAAUCUGGGCUAAACAAAACAAACCUCCGGGUUGGAAGGGAGGAAUGGAGCCUGCACCCUGCCCUGGGGCUCCUUGCUUGGUGUCCACCCACCUACCUCACAGGGCUGUUGUGAGGCUUAACUGGCAAAAGCACUUGGGCCGGGCAGAAGGGCAUGGCGGCAUCUGUAGCGUUAACACUAUUAAAAGCAAGCUGUCACAGAUGUUGUCUGUGCUCUUGUGUGGUGGCAUCAGGGUGGGGGUGCAUGUCCCCCCUGGCUCUCCCUCACCACUUCCCCAACCUCCCCAACUGCUGUGAGGUGUUCGCCAGCUGCUCAGUGACCAGUUUUGACCCCCAGCUUUGUGAGACAAGGCUGGAUCCAAGCAGUCAGCCUCUGCAGGACAGCCAAGCACA